CGCGGGCAUCGUCCGGCGGGGCGGCAGCAGCACAGCUCGCUCCUCUGCGCUCCCGCCCGCCGCCCCAGCGCCCGCCCCUCUGCCGCGCUCGCCCGCUUCGCCCGGCUCAAGUCCUCCCGGGACUACUUGCCCCGCGGUGCGACGCGCCCCGGUGGAGACCGCGCACAUCUUUCUGCACCGGGUGCGCACCGGCGCGGGGAGAGGAAGGCGGCGGGAAGCGAGCCGUGACCGACCCUGAACUGAGGGGAAAAGGAGCCGGCGAAGCGGUUGCACCCGUGGGAGUCGCUGGCCCCGAGGGACGGCACCGGGCCCUCCUCUUCCUUCGGUACCGUGGAGCCGGCAGGAGCGCGAAGCUGAGCUGCGUCCUCCCUGCUUGCUGCGUGGGGCAUGGGGCGUGCGGGGUCGCUGCUGCUGCUGCUUCUCCUCUGCCUCGGCGCAGAGUUGGCGAGUGCGGGUGGGAAGAAGACUUACAGUGGGCCAUGUGGGGGCCGUGAUUGCAGUGCUGGAUGCAAAUGUUUUCCAGAGAAGGGGUCACGGGGUCGACCAGGACCAGUUGGACUUCAAGGACCGAUAGGCGCACCUGGAAUUACUGGCCCAGAAGGUUUACCAGGACCAAAAGGUGAGAGAGGAGCAGUGGGCCACCCUGGACCAGCUGGACAGAAAGGUGAAAAGGGCCCAAUGGGAGUUCCGGGAUUUCAAGGCAUCAAUGGGAUCCCAGGUCACCCUGGACAAGCUGGACCUAGAGGUCUGCCUGGCCUCGAUGGUUGCAACGGUACCAUUGGGAGUCCUGGUGUUUCUGGAUCAGAUGGGUUUCCUGGCCUACCCGGACUGCCUGGUCGUCCUGGCCCAAAAGGCCUUAAAGGAGAACCUGUUUUUGCUCAAGGCAGUCUUAAAGGAAUGAAGGGAGAAAAUGGUCUUCCUGGAUUGGAUGGAAUUUCUGGUCCAAAAGGUUUCCCAGGUCCAAUAGGUCCUGCAGGCCCUAUAGGAUUGCCAGGUUUGCAGGGUCCGAUGGGUCCCCCAGGGCCUCCAGGUCCAAAAGGAAACAUGGGAUUAGGCUUUCAAGGAGAGAAAGGAGAAAAGGGCGAUGUCGGGCUGCCUGGCCCUCCAGGUCCCCCACCAUCCACUGGAAUACUGGAAUUCAUGGGAUUUCCAAAAGGGAAGCAAGGAGAAAAGGGUGAGCCAGGCCCUCAAGGAUUCCCUGGAGAAAAAGGAUUGCCUGGCCUGCCGGGCUUGGGAGGUGUUGGAGAGAAAGGAGAAAAAGGUGUGCCUGGCUUACCGGGUGGCAGGGGUCUUGUGGGGCUAGAUGGAUCUGAUGGGAUUCCAGGAAGAAAGGGUCAUCCAGGUGUUCCAGGCUAUCCAGGGCUGGAUGGAGUUGAAGGCAUGAAGGGUGAAUUAGGUGACAUUGGUCCCCCAGGCCCUCCUAUCGUUAUUGACAGGGAAGGUGUGGUCAUUUCAGGUGCCCCGGGUGACCCCGGGAACCCAGGAAUGCCUGGUCCUCCAGGAGACGAAGGAAUCAGUGGCUUACCAGGCCUUACAGGAGCUCCAGGGUUUCCAGGCCUGGAAAGAGAUGGAAUGGGCCCUGGAGGGUCUCCAGGUAUUCCAGGUAUAAAGGGUGAAGUGGGAGAACCAGGAAGAGCGACAAUUGGAUUACCAGGCACUGCUGGGAGAGGUGGUUUACCAGGUCUGCCAGGAGCACCAGGAUUGCCUGGUUCACCACGCCCUUCAUUCCCCCCAGACACAGUCCUGGCAGGAAGGAUUGGGGCUCCAGGGGAGCCUGGACAAAGAGGGCGACCAGGAGCUUUGGGUCCAAAGGGUUUCAAAGGAGAGGCAGGUGAUUGUGCUUGUGAUGGAGGAGUUACAAGAGCUGGUCUAAAAGGCAUCGCAGGUCCACAAGGUCCAUCAGGAAGCCCUGGUAUGCCUGGGCUUAAAGGCAUUGUUGGAGACCCAGGCACUGUGGGUGCACCAGGACUGCGAGGCCCUCAGGCUUCAUCUGGUCAGCAAGGUCUUCCAGGCAUUAAAGGAGAAAAAGGGGAUUCAUCCUAUGCAACAAUCAAAGGUGCUCGUGGGGACCGUGGUGCGACAGCACCCAGAGGACCUUCAGGCAUCCCAGGAACCCCUGGCAGGGAUGGACUUCCAGGCUUGCCAGGCCCACCAGGCCCUCCAGGUGAUGGUGCGCUAGGUUUCCCAGGUGAAAAAGGACUGCCAGGAUUACCUGGUUCCAAGGGCCAUCGUGGAGAACCUGGUUCUCCUGGUGUUGGAUAUCCAGGCCCUAGUGGAGUUCGUGGGCCGCCAGGUGACCCUGGAAUGGAUGGAUUUCUAGGACAAGCUGGUCUUCCUGGCCCUCCAGGUAUCACCUUGCCCUGCAUAGUUCCGGGAGCAUAUGGGCCCCCAGGGACUCCCGGCUUUCCAGGACUGCCAGGUCCCAAAGGCAGCAAAGGCUUUCCUGGCAUUCCAGGCCAACGUGGAUUACAUGGGUCAAAAGGGCAGCCAGGGUCUCCAGGAAUAAUAGGUUUGCAAGGAGAACCCGGCUUCCCUGGGCCUAGAGGAGAGCAAGGGUCACGAGGACUUCCAGGACUGGAUGGAACAGAUGGUUUGCCUGGGAAAAUGGGUGCUUCAGGCUUAGCUGGAACAAAAGGAGCUCCUGGAGAUGUGUUUGGUGCUGAGAGUGGAGCCCUGGGAGUGCGUGGCCGACCUGGACUCCCAGGUGAUAAAGGACUUACAGGUGAUCCUGGAUUUCCUGGACCGAAAGGGUUAGACGGAAGACCAGGCCUCCUGGGUAUUAAGGGCGAACAGGGUAAUCCAGGAUAUUCGGGUGUCCCAGGAUUGCGGGGACCUCCUGGUCCUGGAGGCCCUUUUGGCAUUAAAGGAAAACCAGGGCCCUUGGGGUUAGCUGGCCUUCCAGGAGCACCAGGACUUCCUGGAGUCAAAGGCUUGCCUGGUGAUGUAGGCCCACAAGGCCCUGCUGGUAUGAAAGGCUUCCCAGGUCUUGAUGGUGCUCCAGGAUCUCCUGGGGAAAGAGGAUUCUUAGGGCCACCUGGGCCUUUUGGUGAAGACGGACAUCCAGGUUUCUCUGGGCCAAAAGGCGAGAAAGGGUCUUCUGGCCUGCUUGGUUUCCCUGGCAUGCCAGGCCUGCCUGGUGUCCCCGGUGUGAAUGGGUUUAAAGGAACUCCUGGCACAGCUGGAGGAAAAGGGAGCCCUGGAGUUGUGGGACUCCAAGGUCAAAAAGGUGACAGAGGUGAUGUGGGCCCACCUGGUCUUCCAGGUUUUGGGCUUCUAGAACAGGCACUGCAAUUCAAAGGAGACAAGGGAGAUCCUGGAUUAGCUGGACUUGGAGGAUUCCCUGGACCUAGAGGUGAUAAAGGAAUCCCAGGAAGCAGUGGACAGCCUGGUCUCCCUGGUCCAGUUGGGUCAGCAAGCAAAGAAAAAGGUCUUCGUGGUGAUCCAGGCUUUCCUGGUCUAUCUGGACAACAUGGGCUGCCAGGACAGAAGGGUACACAUGGUAUCAUUGGGUUUCCAGGAAUGCCAGGAGAGAGGGGUUCAGAUGGUAUCACAGGAACAGUUGGAUUCCCAGGACCUAUUGGCCUCCCUGGUCCAAAGGGUGACCAGGGAGAGUCUGUUGGCGUUCCUGGCAUUGCUGGAGCAAAAGGAGAGCGAGGCAACCCAGGAUUCCCAGGAGAGAGAGGGAGAGAAGGACCCAAAGGUGAACCAGGCUACCCAGGGAACACUGGGGUGAAUGGACUCAAAGGCAGCCCAGGAGAUCUUGGCCAAGAAGGACCAGCAGGAACCCCUGGAAAUGCUGGGCUGAGGGGGAUCCCUGGGCCACCAGGACCUCCAGGGCAGCCAGGAUCUGUUGGAUUCCCUGGAGCUCGUGGAACAGCAGGGCCUAAAGGAUUUCAUGGAUUUCCGGGUUUAAAUGGUCUGAACGGCUUGCCAGGCACAAAAGGGUCUCCUGGAACACCAGGCCUGAGUGAAGCUGGACUGAAAGGCCCUGCAGGUCCCCCAGGUCCAAAGGGUGAAGAAGGUUCUCCAGGGCUGAGCAGAGGAGCUCUAGGAUUCCCUGGACCAAAAGGCUCAUCAGGAGACAUGGGUCCCCCUGGUCCUAUUGGACUGCCUGGCUUGCCAGGAACGCCCGGAGCUUCUCUUCCUUCUGAUAUACCUGGGAGACCUGGGGAUGCUGGCCAUCCAGGAACGGAUGGGAGCUCAGGUCUUCCAGGUUCUCCAGGACCACGAGGGCCUCCUGGCCCAGCUUCUGAUCAAGGUGACACAGGCAACCCAGGUUUGCCAGGCGUCCUUGGCUUGCGAGGCAUUAAGGGUGAUGUGGGACGCACUGGUCCAGUUGGACUCCCUGGAGCAUCUGGAUUCAAAGGUGUAAGAGGGGAGCCUGGCCUUAUGGGGAUGCCAGGUAAAGAUGGGCCUGCGGGAGAUCCUGGUCACCCUGGGCUGAAAGGUGAAGUGGGCCGUCGAGGUCUCCCUGGCCGACAAGGGGCUCCCGGUAUAACCCCACAGCCAGAAGAACUCACAGCCCCUGCAGGCUUACCAGGUCUGCCAGGAGUUGAUGGUGUCCCUGGCUUUGAUGGAGAUCCUGGAUUGCAGGGUGCAGCUGGAAAUCCAGGUCCAAAAGGUCUGCCAGGAAGAUCUGGUUUGAAAGGACGUGAUGGCUUUGCUGGAUCACCUGGCAUAGUUGGGGAUCCAGGACCGUCAGGUGCCCCAGGACCACAAGGAUUUGAAGGUGUUGCUGGAAAGCCAGGCUCACAUGGUUUGCCAGGAAUGCCUGGUCGCAGCGUGGGCGUUGGAUACACUUUAGUGAAGCAUAGCCAGUCAGAGCAAAUCCCGCCCUGUCCCAUAGGAAUGAAUAAGCUCUGGGAUGGCUACAGCUUAUUGUACGUGGAGGGGCAGGAAAAGUCACACAACCAGGAUCUUGGUUUUGCUGGCUCGUGUUUGCCUCGCUUCAGCACCAUGCCUUUUAUUUACUGCAACAUCAACGAAGUGUGCUACUACGCCAGCCGAAAUGACAAGUCCUAUUGGCUCUCCACCACUGCUCCUAUCCCCAUGAUGCCAGUGGACAGCACUCAGAUCCCGCAGUACAUCAGUCGUUGCUCAGUAUGUGAAGCACCUUCCCAGGCUGUGGCUGUGCACAGCCAGGACAUCACCAUCCCCCAGUGUCCCCUUGGCUGGCGUAGCCUAUGGAUAGGAUACUCUUUCCUUAUGCAUACUGCGGCUGGUGCAGAAGGUGGAGGUCAGUCCCUCGUCUCACCUGGUUCUUGUCUGGAGGAUUUCCGUGCCACUCCAUUCAUUGAAUGCAACGGUGCUAGAGGAACGUGCCAUUACUUUGCAAACAAAUACAGCUUCUGGCUGACAACCGUUGAACAGUCACAGCAGUUUGUCAGUGCUCCUCCCUCAGAAACUCUGAAAGCAGGACAGCUUCGAACCAGGGUCAGCCGUUGCCAAGUGUGCAUGAAGAACUUGUGACAAAAACGCCUAAGACUAGACAUCACUGCUGUGAAGAAGGAUAAGUUCAUAAGCCUGCCUUGCGUGUGGUUGAGGGGUGAAUCAAGACAGCCAGAAUUCUACAGAAAUCAAGUGUUAACUCCAGGAGUUUGACUGCACACAGGGGAAGGAAGGACUGGUGCUCUGGAAACCCCUGUAUUUUAUGGAACAUGGUGCUAUGCUUUUACUUCAGUGGGGUUGUUUUCCCUCAUUUAUGGCUACCUCAGAAAGACUCAGUGAGUUCCUUAUUCCGAGCGAAGACUAACUGAUGUCUUGUAUUCACCACUCCUCUGUUCGAGGCACUUGCCAGUCAUCAACAAAAGAGACUUUUCAAAGCUCAUGCUCCGUUGAUGUCUUUGCAAACAGUAUGGUCUAGUGUUAAAUCUGGCUAAAAUUCAUCAGUGUACUGCAGGUGACUUAAAAACACUUAAGCAUUAAUAGUUGAUAACUGAAUUCCUUAGGAAGACUCAAGGAUUAAUUUGUUUUGCUUUGCUUAUUAAACAGUUGGGGCGUUCUUUCCUCCAGUGACAGGUAACUGGUUCUAAUCCAGACUCUCGCCCACUGUUGACUUUGAAGAGCUACCCCAGUGAAAAAUGAAACUUUUGAUGUGAAGAUGAAUCCAAAACACCUUUAGCAUUUUUCUUAGCUUACAAUUGAAAUAUAUUCCAGGUAAAAUGUCUGUUUCAAGAUCUGUGCUUCUCUGCUUGCUGUCAGAUGAUGUGCAGCCACCAGAAACAUUUCACUACAACGAACUUAACUUUCCUUUCUGAGGUAGCCUUGGCACACUUGUUGUGUAAUGAUUCAGGCUGUGUGUAUUUGAAAAGUAGAGGCUUUACUAGAUAGCACGCAAGCUUAUGCAAACACAGAACUAAGCAUGGGAUGUACAAUUUUUACUUCAACGGUCAUGAUGUUUUAUAUGCUUCUUCCUUUGGCCUUUAUUUCUGUUAGCUUAAAAACCUAUAUUUCUAGUGCAAGCACUGUCAACUAGGUAUGCUUUCCUUCAGGGCAUCAUUAAAGAGAAAUGCCACUUAAUUGUAUUAUCCUUGUGUAUUUUGAGAGAGAGCCGUCAAAAAGGUAUGCUAAUGUAUAUAAUGAAUUCUUUUUGUAGGGUUAAAGUUACCAUUAUCAUCUUCAGAGUGAAGCAUAUGAAAUCCUUAUAUAUUGACAUUACAGGACAUUGGAAAGAAGUGCCUUGCAAAUAUGCUGUCACCAAGGCUUAACAAUCUCUUAAGAAAAUCUCUUAAGAAAAUUAUUAUUAAUGCAGUUAAAUUUAUUCUUUCCUAGGCUCUAGGCCUUUAGCUCUGUCCAGUAAAGUACUUAGGAAUAUGCUUACUUUUAAGUAGAUAGUAUUUUAUUAUUAUUUACAUGCACUGAUCCCACAGUUUCUUGCCCACUAAGGCAAUAAUGUCUUUAUUGUUUUUGGUAAAGAAAUUGCGAAGUGGCCCCACAUCUUUCAAUUAAAUUAUUACUCAUUGUGAAAGACCUGCAACUGCUUUGGAUGUAGUUUGCAAAUACCUUUAAGGCAUUUUAAUGCUCCUGAGCGGCAGUCCUUUUAUGUAGGAUAGUCAGCCUAGUCGUUAGCUGUCCCAGUGUGGGCCGAUCAUAUUGUAUUUACCUCUUGGCUAAUGCAAAUGUAACUUUAAACACUGUGUGCACACAGUGAAGCUUUUUAACUUAACUUGGGUGCCUCCUUUUAGUUUGUUUUUAGCAGUUACCUGUCGAGGCUGAGCAUUUCAGAGCAAGGGUUUCCUUUUCUUCUCUGUCUGUGGGCUACAAUUGCUGAGAUGAACAAGAUGGUCAUGAAUUAAGCAGCAGUGCUUUGUUUUAAAAAAGCCAUGCAGUGAAUCCCUGGCAGGGGGAGCUUCCGAGUGUAGAGUUUCCAAGCUGUGGGUAACGACCAUGGGAGGCAAAGAAGAUGAAAUAGAACGUGGUGAACUGUUUUCCUGGAGAUCAGGCUGGCCCUGAUCAAAAGCUGCGAGUGAGAGGAGACAGCAUUCACUUUGUCUCUGUGUUGGCAUUUAUUGGUGAAGAUGAAACUGUGUGGUUCGUGCCCGUUACACUGCUGUGGGAAAACAACCACAGUGGGAACUGCCAGAGAGUAAAAAGGAACUUUAUAAUGGAUUGAAAGACCUUUGCCUUUAGUCAUUCUGAGCUGUGCUUAUAGCUGCUUGAGAGAUUCUCUGCCCUAGAAAUAAAACCACACCGGCUGUGCUGAUAAACCUGUAGAAUGAAGGCCCUUUUACCAAAACAGGCUUCAGAAGGCAACAAGCUGAAAAACAACAAUUAAGUCAUUUGCACAUACCUAUAUAUUAAGUUUUAAGAUAACCUGGCUUAUAUUUAGUUCACACAAACAAAUUAAGAAAACGUAGCAGCGUACAACCUAUGAAAAGCUUAAGAAAUGUAUCAGAUGCACAGAUAAAGUGCUGUAACAGAGAAAUCUUUUUUGAAAUAAAUAAGGUACAGAUAAACCACCUUGGACUCAUGUCAGCUCUCAAAAGAAAAGUCAGCCAAAGUUUUAGCGAUCUGAAUUUUAAGGAAUAUAACUCUUAAUGGUGGUUGUGAUCUGCACCGACUAUUUGAGUCCCCCAUUCCUCUGGAUGUUUCUCAGAAACAGGAAGGCUAUUGCAAAUGUAGACAUUAGACAGUUCCUUUGACAGAAUCAUUUUUGUAAUGAAGUCUGGUUGCUCAAAACAUGUUAAAAUAGUUAACAAGGAAACAGUUUUCUUCUGAUCCGGUUGAUCCUUUAUACAAGACAAGACAGGUUUUUCCUACGAUGCAGCCCACAGGAGGGAAGAGAAGUAAGUAUCCUCCUUAACUGAAGAGUGUUUUGCUUUAAAAACUAAACUAUUGCUUUAUAGGAGAGCAAGAAAAAUCCAUUUGAUGUUAUCCCUUCCUCCAAGCAUUGGCCUUUCCAUCUGAAAGUCAGCCCUGAUGACCAAAGUAUCCUCCGUUUGAGAUUAGGAUCAAGUACUAUUUGCACAGAAUUAAAUCCUCUCACAUGUUUUGUCAAAUAUAGCGUUCCAUUCUUGUUACUACUUUUACAGAAAAAGGCGCUACAUGGCACUGUCUCUCUACUCGCACUCGCAGAACAGCUUCUCACUGCUUGCGGCAGAAAAAGAGAACUUAGGAAACCUGAUGACCCACUCAUUUGUGCUCCUUUGUCCGUAGCCUCCCCGUCCCUGCUCUGUCUUCCCUACAGGAGUCUCCCUGCACAAGAGGCAGCGUGCUGAGGCUUGUCUAGAACAGCCUGCUGCCGACAGCUGAACGUUGUGGUCCCUCACUGAGCAAGGUUGUGUCCAAUUCCUCCUCUGCCUACUGACCCUUUUUCUCUCAACUGACGGGAACCGAGACUUGAAGUAUAAUUCAAAAAUCUGGGAUUUCCAGAGAGACCUAGGGAGACUCUUGCCUAAAAGGAAGAAAACUCAACACCUAAUACACAUUAACGUACUUCAGAAUAAUUAAUACAUCUUAAAAUUGCAGAUCCGGAGGCAGAAUGUGCCUUUAUGUUUAAAAAGAUUAGCUGAAACGUGAAAGACACUAAACAAAUGCUCCUUUAACAGCUCCCUGAGAUAACGCAGCCUUUUUCCACUGUCCCCUAUCUGGGGUUCUACACUGACACCAAUGCAGCCUGUGCCGUUUUCCACAUGAGCUUCUACUCCAGGCUCGCCAAAAAACCUGCAUGAGAGGAGGAGAGAACAUAGGUAAGAAAACCAAGCCCAUGCACCACAACUCAACCAACAUGUUUCAUCCAACAGAUGUAUCUUCAAUAAAAUAAACACUUGGUGGUGACACAUUUUUCUAAGUUGGGCAGAAAUGUAAGCGUACAUGGACUUCUUUGUUUGGGAGGAGACUGGGGAGAAGGAACAGCGUCACAAACUUCACCCAUAAUGGAGUUAGCUGCACAGACUGCUCCAAUGAAUCUCUCUGACCCAUGUACAGGAACACAUGUUUUAUUGUACCAUCCCACCCCUGUCUGGAUUGGGACUCCUUCGGAUCCUGAGAUGAGGCACAGGAGAACCGGCAGUGCCCCAGUAAGACAGUCCAGGAGCUGUUAAAGUUGGAUAAACUAGCAGUAAGGUAGCCCUUGGUUAAGGGUCCACAAUAUAACAUUAAAUACCACAUGAGAUCAGAAGACAGAAUAUUCUCUCUACUGACUACAUUAUAGGUUCCUGGU